GUAAAUGGUUGUUUAUAAGAUAUUAAUUGUUUGUCUUGUUUCUUUUUCAGAUACUAAUGUUAAACACAUUUCAACAAAUUAAUCAUCAACAUGGACUACACUAGUUUGGGCUGUUGUGUUCUGGCAUUCGUCCUGUACCUGAACACGUUGAAUUCGGGAUUUGUAUACGACGACAGGCGUGCAAUUCUAGCCAACACGGACGUCUCAGGUACGGCACCGUGGCAAAGUGUUUUCCUGCACGACUACUGGGGCACGCCGCUAACAGAUAGCGGUUCGCACGGAUCCUAUCGCCCACUGUGCGUCCUUACAUUUCGCCUGAACUUUCUGCUUAGUGGCUACAAUCCAUGGGGCUUCCAUCUGGUGAACAAUCUCCUGCACUGCUUAGCCACAGGUUUGGUGGUGAAGCUGGCUCGCCACUUUCUAUCCUCAGUGUGGGGUGUUUUUGCAACGGGCGCCCUUUUUGCAGUACACCCCAUACACACGGAAGCUGUGGCCGGCAUCGUUGGCCGAGCUGAUUUAGCCGCGUGUGUUUGCUAUUUAGUGGCUUUUCUGACAUAUAUGCGUCACAUAGCGUGGCGGGAGAGAGGUGAUCCUAUGCAGUGGCUAGCAUUAGGCCUAACCAUCCUCACGUCCAUUGCCGCACUUCUUUUCAAAGAAACAGCCAUCACUGCUCUGGCAGUGUGUGGAAUUUUCGAUGUGAUACGCGGCCUAGCUGGAUUGAAGGACAGACAUCGCCUACGAAGCCUCUGUGUGCUGGGAUCAAUUUUAGUCGGAUGUGUGUAUUGCCGUUUGGUGGUUAUACCACGGCCUCAGACUUUGUUCUCCACGGCUGACAACCCCAUUGCUAAAACAAAUUCGAUGUGGACACGCUUCCUGACAUUCCUAUAUCUGCCCGUAUUCAAUUUUAAACUGCUGCUCAACCCACAAGUGCUUAGUUUUGAUUGGGGAAUGAAUGCCAUUCCACGAAUCGUCAGUGUGUGGGAUGGCCGCAAUGUGCUGAGCGCAGGUUUCUAUGGUGCACUUAUUUUGGCCGCAUGGCGUAGCUACUGCACUCUACUCCACCGUCACCAGCGCCUCAAUUCUGGUCAAAAGCUAUCACUGCUGACAGCAGGCAGUUCGUUUAGUGAUACUGCGUACCACCUCAAGCCGCAAACUCAGCGAAAGUCACGAACCAAACGGAAAUAUUGUAAACAAGUACAAUGCCACGACAUAGGAGCGGUGUCGCCGACUCCGAUGCAAGCCGAUAAUUAUUACAUGAUGAGACCACCGUACACAACAGCAGCUGCAUCGCACACCUGCUCGUAUUUUAAACCGAAACUCAUUGGCAUAUCAUCAACACAGCAGCCUGUCUGUGGCGACUGCAAGCUGGAAUUGAGUUCCCUGCACCACUGUACAUCGUGCAGGGUAUUAAAUAAUAACAAUAACAACAAUAAUGUACUGACACUAAGCUCAUCCGACGUAUACCGCAGUGAGUGUUGCUGUCAUCAGUUAAUGUCUUCCAGUGGUUCCAUCGGGACGCCACAGCUGUUUAGUUUUGCUCUGCACAAGGCCAUCUCAUGUGUGGUGUCGUCACGCAGUUCGCGCAGCAGCAGCAGUUGUAGUAACUCAACGACGGCAAGUAACAAAAGUUCAGAUAGCAGUGCUUCCUCCACCUGUAGCUCACAAUCAUCGAAGUCCUCCAGUUCAGAGUCGCUGUCGCACCGAACACCAUCGUGGUCCACGCUGCAAACUAACGAAGAUUAUGUCCUAGCGCACAUGACUCCCAAAUGUGCGAAUGCCAGCGUUUUACUGAUGGCUCUGGCAUUUCUCACCCUGCCGUUUCUGCCUGCCACAAAUCUCUUUUUCUACGUGGGCUUUGUAGUAGCCGAACGUCUGCUCUAUUUACCAAGUGUAGGAUUCUGUCUUUUGGUGGGUUUUGGUGUUACCAAACUCCUCGAUCGAUUUCAUUCCAGCAAGAGUCCCAGAAAUCACCAAAUGAUUUUGGCCAGCCUGUGUAUUCUUCUGCUGGCGCUAAGUGCCAGGACCGUGCGACGAAAUCUCGAUUGGAGAGAUGAGGAGAGUUUGUAUCGUAGUGCUGUGCAAAUAAAUCCACCUAAAGCUCUUGGCAAUUUAGGAAGUGUCCUUAGUUCCCUGGCUCGUUACAAAGAAGCCGAGGAAGUUCUAUUAGAAGCCAUAAAAUAUAGGCCAAACAUGGCAGAUGUACAUUUUAAUCUAGGAAUUUUAUAUCAGAAUCAACAAAAUUAUAAAGCUGCUGUAGUGAGUUUCAAAAAGGCCUUGAAUUUUCGACCUAAUUUAGCCGUGGCUUAUUUGAAUUUGGGCAUUUCGCUUAUAGCAUUGGGCAAAUGCCAGGAUGCGGCUCAGGUGCUGCAAGAGGGGGCCAAGGUGGAUGGCACCGGUGUCAGAGAUCGGCAAGGCCAUGAAAAUGCUCGCAUUACAUCGUACCUGCAAUUGGGAGCUCUGUACGUUGAACAGGGAAAACUCCAGAGGGCUUUGGCCGUCUAUCGCGAAGCUCUGCACGAGUUGCCACAUAACUACUAUAAGCGUGAUGUGCUCUACCAUAGAAUAGGUGAUAUUUUCGGUAGACUUCAGCAGUGGGAUGAAGCGGAAAGGCACCACAGAGCGGCCCUGGAUUUGCAACCCAACCAAGUUGCGGCUCAUUUGUCCUACGGCAUAACAUUGGCCAGAAAUAGCAGUAGGAUACAUGAGGCGGAAAUGUGGUUUAAGCGCGCUUUGCAACUAGCACCUGAAGAAGCAAGUGUUCAUCAUCACUAUGCCGAAUUCCUUACAUCACAAUCACGUUUGGCUGAAGCUAUAGUUUAUAGAAUUAAAGCGGCUGAACUUGCACCAAGAGACUACUCAUUAGUGGUGGCCGCUGCCACUGCUUUAAGGUUAAUGGAUCGUAAGCUGGAAGCGGAAUUCUGGUAUAGAAAGGCUGUCAGUUUGAGGCCAGCAGAUGCGCAUGCACACACUAACCUCGGCGCUAUUCUUCACCUACUAGGACGUACCUCAAAUGCUGCCGCCAGUUACAAAGAGGCUCUAAGACUUCAGCCUGGAGACGCAACAACUUUGGGCAAUCUGGCCAAACUGGGACUUACGGACACCAAAUAG